AUGGGAAUCACAACGAGAAAAUUUUUUUUUCUCCUCUUCUUCUUCGCAUUCGUCUCUUCUUAUGCCAAUCUAAUUGUCGACGAAGUAUCGGCUCUCCUAGCAGUAAAAUCAGGCCUUGUAGACCCCUUGAACGCCCUCAGAGAUUGGAAGAUCGCCACCGCGACGGCUGCAGGAGGCCACUGCAGCUUAACCGGCGUCCAAUGCAAUGCCCAAGGAUUCGUCGAAAGACUCGAUCUUUCCCAUUUGAAUCUCAGCGGCGUCAUCUCCUUCGAUAACUUCCGAAACCUCCCCGCCCUCACCCACCUCAAUCUCUGCUGCAAUUCCUUCGCCGGCUUUCUCCCGGAAAUCUUACCAGUCCUUGCGGAGCUCCACGAGCUCGAUAUCAGCGACAACGACUUUGCUGGCAUCUUCCCGGUAGGCUUCGGCUCCCUCCCGAGACUGAAAACUCUUAACGUAUCCGGGAACAAUUUCGCCGGCAUUCUCCCCGCCGACGUCGGCAAUGCUUCCCUGCUUGAAACCCUCGAUCUCCGCGGCUGCUUCUUCACCGGCACAAUUCCGGAAUCCUAUAAGAAUCUGCAAAAGCUUAAAUUUUUAGGCCUCUCCGGCAACAACCUCACCGGCGCGCUCCCCUCGGAGCUUGGCCAGUUGGCCAAUCUUGAAACGCUUAUAAUCGGAUACAAUGGAUUUGUAGGGAAUAUUCCAGCGGAAUUCGGCAAUCUCACCAAUCUCCGCUACUUUGACAUGGCGGUCGGAAGCCUGAGCGGUCCUAUUCCGGCGGAACUAGGGAAGCUGUCACUUCUCUCUAUUGUUUACUUAUACAGGAAUAAUCUUCAAGGUGAAAUCCCAAAAGAGAUUGGCAACAUCUCAUCUCUCCUCUCCCUCGACCUCUCCGACAACUUAAUCUCCGGCAAGAUUCCGCAGGAAUUAGUCAAAUUGACAAAUCUCCAGCUUCUGAAUCUUAUGUGCAAUAAGCUCGAAGGCUCCCUGCCAUCAGGUUUUGGCGACCUGCCUCAACUUCAAAUUCUUGAGCUUUGGAAUAAUUCACUCACGGGACCACUCCCAUCCAAUCUAGGCCGGAAGUCCUUAUUACAGUGGCUCGACGUUUCAUCCAAUUCCUUUUCCGGGGAAAUUCCUGAAAGCGUUUGUUACGGCGGCAGCCUCACAAAGCUCAUUCUUUUCAAUAACAAUUUCUCUGGCCCGAUCCCUGCUGGCUUAUCGACAUGCCAAAGCCUAGUCAGAGUCAGAAUACAGAACAACCGGAUCAAUGGAACAGUGCCGGCGGGGUUAGGACAGUUGCCGCGGCUGCAGAGACUCGAGAUAGCAGACAACGAAUUCUCCGGCGAAAUCCCCGAAGAUUUGUCAUCUUCGAAUUCACUAUCUUUCAUAGAUUUCUCCGGUAACCGUCUCCAGCUUUCUCUUCCCGCCAACAUCCUCUCCAUUCCAACACUUCAAAUAUUCGUUGCUUCUGGCAACGAGCUCGCCGGUCAGAUCCCGAGCGAUGUUGAGGGCUGCUCUGCUCUCGGCACUCUCGAUCUCUCCAGAAAUCGUCUCGCCGGAAUAAUACCAGCUAGCUUAACGAGUUGCCAAAGAUUAAUAAAUCUCAACCUCAGCGAUAACGAGCUCACCGGCGAAAUCCCAAAGGCCAUCGCUUUGAUGCCCACACUAGCCAUUCUCGAUCUCUCACACAAUUCACUCACCGGCUCCCUCCCUCAGAACAUGGGCUCUUCACCUUCUCUAGAGACACUAAACAUCUCAUAUAACAAACUCUCCGGAAAGGUCCCGGCGAACGGCAUCCUCCGAACGAUGAACCCAGAUGACCUUGCUGGCAACCCAGACCUCUGCGGCGGCGUUCUCCCCACCUGCUCUGAGAAUUACCCCGUACCAGAGAGCUUGAUGAGACCAAGUUCACAUAUCAAACACAUUGUAACAUGGUGGUUAGUUUCAAUUUCCGCUAUUUUAGCCACCGCCGGCGGAUUUGUCUUAGCUCGACGGCUUUACGCUAGAUGGUACAUCGGUACAUCAUGCUGCCCUGACCGAUUUGACGAAGACCUCACUAGCGGCGGCGGCGGCGCUUGGCCCUGGCGGCUCACCGCCUUCCAGCGCCUCAACUUCACCACCGCCGACGUGCUCGCCUGUAUCAAAGAUUCCAAUGUUGUCGGAAUGGGCGCUACCGGCAUCGUCUACAAAGCUGAGAUUCAGCGCCACCAUGCCGUCAUCGCCGUAAAGAAACUAUGGCGUUCGGCCGCAGUCGGCCGUGGUGACGACGCCGGCGAAUUCGUCGGAGAAGUGAACCUCUUGGGAAGGCUGCGUCACCGGAACAUCGUUCGAAUGCUCGGGUAUCUCUACAACGACACCGAGACCAUGCUUUUAUACGAGUAUAUGCCAAACGGAAGCUUAUGGGAGGCGCUACACGGCGAGGCUGUGGCGGAGGCCGGCGUGCUCGUGGAUUGGGUUUCGAGGUACAAUGUGGCGGCCGGUGUGGCGCAGGGACUUGCUUAUCUGCACCAUGACUGCCACCCGCCGGUCAUCCACCGCGACGUUAAGUCGAGCAACAUAUUGCUUGAUGUUAACUUAGACGCGAGAAUUGCUGACUUUGGCCUCGCGAGGACGUUACUGAGGAAGAACGAGACGGUCUCCACCAUCGCCGGAUCGUACGGCUACAUCGCCCCAGAAUACGGAUAUACAAUGAAAGUAGAUCAAAAGGGCGACAUUUACAGCUUCGGCGUGGUAUUAAUGGAGCUGAUAACAGGGAGAAAACCUAUAGAAGCAGAGUUCGGCGAAGAUCAAGACAUAGUUGGCUGGGUCAUGGACAGACUAAGAACCGACCGACCGCCGGCCGUCGAGCUUCUUGACCGGAGUAUUGCUGGAAAAUGCAAGCACGUUCAGGAAGAGAUGCUUCUCCUUCUGAGAAUUGCCCUUCUUUGCACAGCCCGGUCGCCCAAAGACCGCCCGUCGAUGAGAAACGUCCUGACAAUGCUCACCGAGGCAAAACCUCGCCGGAAAAGCAACAGCGCCAGUGGAGUCACUGGUCUCCCAUUUGUUGCGGGGAAGGAUGUUAGGCCGGUGUUCAUGGCCACGCCGCCGGAUUCUGAAUAUGUAUGA